UUCGGUCAGCCAAACGCGUCGCGGUUUCGUUCUUAAGCAAUCAGCGUAAUUCAAAAUCAAAGGAAUUUGUAUAAAAGCGACGGCAUUUAUCAAAUCGAUUUUUCAUCUCUCUGCUUCUCUCGAUUGUUUUCUCAGACCCUACUAACCCUCUGUUUCCGAAGCAAAUCCUGAAGAUUCUUCAACAUCGAUUAUGGGUAUUCAAGGGCAGAUUCUUGAGAUCACUGUUGUUGGGUGUCAGAAAUUGAAAGACACGGAGUGGAUUUCAAGGCAAGAUCCGUACGUCUGCCUUGAGUAUGGUGGCACGAGACACCGGACAAGAACCUGCACAGAUGGUGGAAAGAACCCUACAUUCCAAGAAAAGUUUAUGUUCACUCUGAUAGAAGGUCUUAGGGACGUUAAGGUUGCUGUCUGGAACAGCAAUACAUUGACUACAGAUGAUUUCAUCGGUAACGCAACGAUUCCAUUGCAGAAGGUUCUUUCCCAGGGAUAUGAGGACUGCACCUGGACUCUACAGACUAAAACUGGGAGAUACGGGGGAGAAGUAAGACUUAUCAUGCAUUUUGAAGGAGCCAAAGUAAAAACACGAUUACACGACUGGCCCGUCGGCACCACCAUACACCUCUCACGGGCCCCAAGUACCUCCCUACUCAGCGGCGCCACCUCAUCUGCCAGCCUCGGCUCCAUCUCCGUACGCAUCACCACCUCCGCCUCCAUACUCGGUCCCUCCGCCAUACCCUCAGUACCCACCAACCGGAUAUCCCCCAGCUUCGGCUUACGCUCCUCAGCCAUCCGCCUACCCUCCCCCUCCUCCUUCGGCAUACCCUCCAGCUCCAUCAGCAUACCCUCCGGCUCCUUCAGCAUACCCUCCGGCUCCUUCAGCGUAUCCUCCUUCAUACCCCCCACCUGCAUACCCUCCUCAGGCCUCGCCAUAUUACCCACCACCAGGUCCUUAUCCGGGACAAUACCCGCCUCCACCGUACUGAGCUGCUCGAUCUUUCCAAGGCGUGGAGAACCGGGAUCUGGAGUUGUGUCGGAACGAGUUUGUUUGAAUGUACAUACACUUAUCAGUAGGAUCGUCGUGUUCAUGGGUAUGAUCAGGUUCGGUGAAGUGGGAUUUUUGCCAGGAAACUGUUUCUGGGUGCUGUUGAAAGUGUUGAUAAAAAUCUCCUUUUACGAAAUAUAUGAUAAUGUUUUUUUCUUCUAAUUUUCACA